AGGGGGCACCAAUAAACAGAGGCAAGAGAAUUUAAAGGGUGUUUUUCUCUGUAACCCACCAAAGCCCCUCUCUUAUAUCUACUAGACCAAAUACAGCACCUUGCAGCCUCCCUCUUUCCCCAUCUCUAUCUCUGUAUCUCUGUCUUUCUCUCUCUCUCUCUCUCUCUCACCUUUCUUUCACACACAACUCAUAUUCAACAGAAGAAAAAAAAAAAAAGCAGAUCCAAGGUGGUGGUUAAGCUGUCAUCCGUCAAUCAAUCAAUCAAACCCUCAAGAGACCAAUCAUCAAUCAAAAUUCUCAAAUUUUUGUUUUAUAAAAGAAAAGGAAGAAUCACAUCUAAAAAAUCAUGUCAUCAUCCUCUUCUGCUUCAACCUUGUCCCUCGACCACCUCCCUCCUUCCGAGCAGCUUUGCUAUGUCCACUGCAACAUUUGCGACACUGUCCUUGCGGUGAGUGUUCCUUGCACAAGUUUGUUCAAGACUGUGACGGUGCGAUGCGGGCACUGCACCAAUCUGCUUCCAGUGAACAUGCGUGGGCUGCUUCUCCCUUCGCCCAAUCAGUUUCAUCAUCUUGGUCACUCUUUCUUCUCAUCCCCUAAUAAUUCCCAUAAUCUUCUGGAAGAGAUACCAAAUCCAGCCCCAAACUUUCUGAUGAACCAAACAAGCGUGAAUGACUUUGCUGUACGACCAAGAGGAGGAGCGGAUGAACUUCCAAGGCCCCCGGCUAUUACCAGACCCCCGGAGAAGAGACAGAGAGUCCCCUCUGCGUACAACCGUUUCAUCAAGUGAGUAAUCAUGUCAACUAUAUC